AUGACUUCAUUCUUUCGUUCGAUGUCCGCAACCAUGCAAACUAACUACGAUUUUCCGACGAUUGUCAACAACAGUCGGGCGGUUCAAGUACUAUGUACAAUCUUCCAAAUGAUUCUGAUCUACACUGAAUCAGCAGCUCUUUCUUUCCUCACAUUUGUUUGCUAUUCACUUCUCGUCGGAAUGCAUUUGUUGCAUUUAGCACGUAGAUGGUAUUAUAAUAUUGAUGGACGAUACGACGUUCGUCAAAUUAUUCGAGACAAUGAAAUCACAUUGAGAAUUCAAUACGCUGUUGCCAUCUUCUCUCCAUUGAUUCUUGGAUUCUUGUCCUGGACUUUCGUCGAAUUGAACAAUGGACUAGUUCACACUCUAUUCCAUCUCUCCGUUAUGAUUCAAGUCGCAUUUGCAGUCGGACAGCUCGGCUUCGAAUUCUAUGAAGUCUGUGUUUCGAGCAAGAAUAAAUGA